AUUUAAUUAUAUUAUAAAAAAACAAUGUCUCAGACCACGAACGAUGUCCGCGUGCCGGACGAGGAGAGCGAUCUGCUGCAAAUCAAACCGCUUGGCGCCGGUCAAGAAGUGGGACGUUCGUGCAUCAUGCUGGAGUUCAAGGGAAAGAAGAUCAUGCUCGACUGCGGUAUACACCCCGGGCUAUCCGGCAUGGAUGCGCUGCCCUACGUGGACUUAAUAGAGGCGGACGAGAUCGACCUACUCUUCAUUUCACACUUCCAUUUGGAUCACUGUGGGGCCCUGCCCUGGUUCCUGAUGAAGACCAGUUUCAAAGGACGUUGCUUCAUGACGCACGCCACCAAGGCCAUUUACCGAUGGAUGCUCUCGGAUUACAUUAAAAUCAGCAACAUAUCCACGGAGCAGAUGCUCUACACAGAAGCCGACCUGGAGGCUUCGAUGGAGAAAAUCGAGACAAUUAAUUUUCACGAGGAGCGCGAUGUCAUGGGCGUCCGUUUUUGCGCCUACAAUGCUGGCCAUGUGCUGGGGGCCGCGAUGUUUAUGAUUGAAAUUGCGGGCAUCAAAAUCCUAUACACUGGCGACUUCUCACGGCAAGAGGAUCGCCACUUGAUGGCCGCAGAGGUGCCGCCCAUGAAGCCCGAUGUUCUUAUCACCGAGUCCACCUACGGCACGCACAUCCACGAGAAGCGCGAAGACCGCGAGAAUCGUUUCACAUCGCUGGUUCAGAAGACCGUUCUGCAAGGAGGUCGCUGCCUGAUUCCCGUGUUCGCCCUGGGCCGAGCCCAGGAGUUGUUAUUGAUUUUGGACGAGUUCUGGUCGCAGAAUCCCGAACUGCACGAGAUACCCAUCUACUACGCCUCGUCGCUGGCCAAAAAGUGCAUGGCCGUCUACCAAACGUAUAUAAACGCCAUGAAUGACCGAAUCAGGCGGCAGAUAGCCGUCAACAAUCCCUUUGUCUUUCGACACAUCUCCAACCUGAAGGGCAUCGAUCACUUCGAGGACAUUGGGCCCUGUGUAAUCAUGGCAUCGCCCGGCAUGAUGCAGUCGGGGCUGUCGCGCGAGCUAUUCGAGAGCUGGUGCACAGACCCCAAGAACGGCGUCAUCAUUGCCGGCUACUGUGUGGAGGGCACUCUGGCGAAGACCAUUCUCUCGGAGCCGGAGGAGAUUACCACGCUCUCGGGCCAGAAGCUGCCCCUCAACAUGUCCGUCGACUACAUCUCCUUCUCGGCGCACACGGACUACCAGCAGACCAGCGAAUUCAUACGCCUGCUGCGGCCCACCCAUGUGGUCCUCGUCCACGGGGAACAGAACGAAAUGUCCCGCCUGAAGCUGGCCCUGCAGCGCGAGUACGAGGCCGAUGCCAGCACCGACAUCAAGUUCUACAAUCCCCGCAACACACAUGCCGUCGAUCUGUAUUUCCGGGGCGAGAAGACAGCCAAGGUGAUGGGCAAUCUGGCGGCCAAGAACCCCGAGGUUGGCAGCAAGCUAUCCGGCGUGCUGGUGAAGCGCGACUUCAAGUAUCAUCUUCUGGCCCCCUCCGAUCUCGGCAAGUACACGGACAUGAGCAUGUCGGUGGUGACGCAGCGCCAGUCGAUACCCUGGACCAGCUCUCUGGGCACCCUGGAGCUUCUGCUGGAUCGCAUUGGAGCGGGCUGUGUGGAGGUGGUUGAGCCAGAACGCAAGCUGCGCGUCUUCAACUGCAUUGAGUUGACCGUCGAGCAGAAGAUCAUUGUCAUGGAGUGGCAGGCAACGCAUGUCAACGAUGUCUACGCCGACGCGGUUCUCGCCUGCAUCAUGCAAUCCGAGCUGGGCGGCACCAGCCUCAAAGGCACCACCAAGCAAACCAAGUCGGAGAGCUCUCGCUUCCGGGAAUGCCUCAUUGAGACGCUGCAAGAUACAUUCGGCGACAGCUGUGUACCAAAGAUGUUCAAGGGGGAUCUGCUCCCAGUGACUGUGAGUGGGAAGCGGGCGGAGAUUAAUCUGGAGACCCUGGCUGUUCAUUGUGCGGAAGACGAUAUUCUGCGCCAAAUGCUCAACACAACAGUGCAUAAGCUCCACCAGACCCUGGUCUCAGCCCACUGAUCCAAGAAUCCCGGACUGUCACGUUCCCAUUCCUAAAAUAAUAAACGUUUUAAUGUG